GCCAGAGAGGUAAUCACCAUGGCUGAUUUCGGAGAUGUCAUAAGUGCUCUGGGGGAGUUUGGGCUAUACCAGAAACUGCUGAUACUGUUGCUCACCCUCCCGCUCCUUCUUAAUCCUUUCCAAAUGGUUGGCCAAGUGUUCAUGGUUCUGGAUGUGCCCCACCACUGUGACACCAGCUGGAUCCGCGCCGUCGGCCCCAACCUGACGCAGGAAGAGCAGCUGAACCUCACCCUGCCCCGGGAUGCGGACGGGGAGUACGAGCAGUGCUCCAUGUACUCCCCGGUGGACUGGGACCUGGACUCCAUCGUGGCAUACGGCCUGAACGCCACGCAGAAGUGCAGCAAUGGCUGGGUGUACCCAGCAGAGCCACCAUCCCUGCUGACCGAGUUUGACCUGGUGUGUGAAAGGACGAUCCUGAACGACAUCUCCCAGUCCAUCUACAUGGCUGGGCUUCUCGUGGGAGCCAUGUUCUUUGGGGUGCUAAGUGACAGGAUCGGCCGCCGGCCAGUCAUUCUGAUCUGCAUGCUCCUCCAGGGCAUGUUUGGUCUAGGAACUGCCUUUGUGCCCCAUUUCUAUGUCUACAUAGCCAUCAGGUUUGUCGUGGGGUUUGCAGCGUCAGGAAUUAUGAUUACUGUCGUGGCCCUGGGUACAGAGUGGGUUGGAGUCUCCUUCCGGCCACAGUCAGUGCUUAUUGCUCAGGCUGCUUAUCCCAUCGGAAUGAUGAUGGUGGCUGGAUUGAGCUAUGGAAUCCGCAACUGGAGGCUGCUGGAGAUUGCAGGAUCUGCUCCUAUGUUUCUCCUUUUCUUCUACAUCUGGGUGCUCCCAGAGUCAGCUCGGUGGCUGGUGACAAAAGGCAGGAUAGAGGAAGCCAAGAAGCUCCUUCAGAAGGCGGCGGCCACCAACAAGCGCAGCCUCCCGGAAGGACUCCUGGAGCAGCUGAAACCUGAGAAACAGAUCAAGUCUGGAAGUCUUCUGGAUCUCUUUCGGAAGAAGCACCUCCGGAAGGUGACUUUAAUCAUGUCAUGUGCCUGGUUUGCAGACAGCUUUGUCUACUAUGGACUGAGCCUUAGUGUGACAGGUUUUGGUCUGGACAUCUACGUGACACAGCUGGCCUUUGGGGCCGUGGAGUUUCCAGGUCGAGUUUGCCUCAUUUUCCUGCUGGAGUGGUUUGGGAGGAAGAAAGUGCAGGCCAUAUUCCUGAUGCUGUCUGGCCUGUUGUGCCUCGCCCUCGCUGGCAUUCCUGAAGACCAGCCCGUGGUCAUCACCGUCCUGGCCAUCACUGGCAAGUUCACAGCCACGACCGCUUUCGCCGCCUCCUACGUCUACACCGCAGAGCUCUUCCCCACGGUCGUCAGGCAGACCGGUGUGGGGCUGUGCUCCACCAUGGCGAGGGUGGCCGGGAUCCUGGCCCCGCUGAUCAUCCCCCUGGACCAGUAUCACCGGGCCAUCCCCAUGGCCGUCUUCGGGAGCAUCCCCCUGCUUGUGUCACUGUCCUGCAUCCUGCUGCCUGAGACCCGCGGCGUCAGCCUGCCAGAUGACACAGGGAAGGGCAAAACCCCAGAUGAGAAAGAGAAGACUGCAGAGGUUCUAAGAGAGUUUUCUAAGAGAGACUCCAGAGAGGAUGAAGCAGACUUGGAGAAGGACAACUGAAGGUGCUCAGAAAUCAAACCAUGAUUGGACAGGCACACACUAAUGGUCUAGUCAGAUUCAGUCUUUCUUGAAGCCGGUCAGGGAGGCACUGCUGCCUGGAAACUGGUCUUUCAGAUGAUGAACACAAUAUCCGUGGUCAGAGGGAGAGGAGAUCUGUGUCACCCUGUGUUUGGGAAACACGCGCUUCAGACUGUUCCUCAAGCCCGGUUCUGCCAUGCCUGGCUGCGCAGAGAGUCCUCCCGACGUGUUUUCCCAGUCCUUCGCAAACUGGUACCCGUGGAACCAUCCCUGUCGUGUUUUACAGCAAUAAAGAAUCGCCAGCAGAGUGGUUGUACUGGGCAAGCGGGCGCCGGGCUGUGUCCCUCCUGCACUAACGGCCUGGGCCGGCACCUCCUCGCCGGCCGAGCCCCCACGUUUGAUCAGGAUGUCACUGAAACCCCGUCACACACGUAUUUAGCUUUUCUUUCUAUGUGGUGUUGAAGUUGAGUUUCUACAUGAAUAAUAUAAAUUAUGCUCUGAGUUUGAUAAGAGACACUUGUAAUGCAAUAUGUGAAUAAUAAAUGGUGUU